UCUCUCUCUCUCUCUCUCUCUGUCUCUCUCUCUCUCUCUCCCUCCUCCUCCUCCAGAUUCACACACACACAUACAAACACACAUGUACAGACAGACCCCCCUCUCACACAGGAGUAGAUAGAGAGCGGUGAAGAGCAGAAGGAGCUGGUCGGCAGGAGAGAGGCAGGAGGGCUGUUGUUGAUUUAACAAAAGCCAGGAAAGGAGUGCGCAGUCCUGGGGAGAGGAGCAGCUGUGAAAUGCCUGGAAGGGAGCCUGCCAGCUACUCCUGCAGAGACCUGAAGGUGUUGAGCUUCAGCUGAGGAUGGCAGGAGACUCUCGAGUCCUCAUGGACCACAACAUGGAGAUAGGAGUCACACCUGCACAGGUUAAGAAGCUUCCAAAACACUUAAGGGAGGCUCAGAUCUCAACAGAGCGAACUCACUUGAUCUCUGACCCGGCGAAGAAGCCACGUCAGCGCUACGUCCAGAAGGACGGCAAGUGCAACGUUCACCACGGAAACGUGCAGGAGACCUACCGUUACCUCAGCGACCUGUUCACCACGCUGGUGGACCUGCGGUGGCGCCUCAGCCUCUUCAUAUUCACCCUGGUGUACGUGGUCAACUGGCUCUUCUUUGGCUUCCUGUGGUGGCUGAUCGCGCUCAUCCGCGGGGAUCUGUGGCACGCCGACGAGGAGGGCUGGACCCCCUGCGUGGAGAACCUGAACAGUUUUGUGUCGGCCUUCCUCUUCUCCAUCGAAACGGAGACCACCAUCGGGUACGGCUAUCGCGUGAUCACAGAAAAGUGUCCUGAAGGUAUUAUACUGCUUUUGGUGCAGGCCAUUUUGGGUUCCAUCGUGAACGCCAUGAUGGUGGGCUGCAUGUUCGUCAAGAUCUCCCAGCCAAAGAACCGCGCCGAGACCCUGAUGUUCUCGCACAAGGCCGUCAUAUCGGUGCGAGACAACAAGCUGUGCCUGAUGUUUCGAGUCGGGGACCUGAGGAACUCUCACAUCGUAGAGGCGUCGAUCAGGGCGAAGCUGAUCCGCUCGCAGCAGACCAAGGAGGGGGAGUUCAUCCCGCUCAACCAGACCGACAUAAACAUCGGCUUUGACACGGGAGACGACCGCCUCUUCCUGGUCUCCCCGCUCAUCAUCUCGCACGAGAUCAAUGAGAAGAGCCCCUUCUGGGAGAUGACAAUGGCUCAAAUAGAGAAGGAGGAGUUCGAGAUCGUGGUGAUCCUUGAAGGCAUGGUGGAGGCAACAGGGAUGACAUGUCAGGCGCGGAGUUCCUACCUGGACACUGAGGUGCUUUGGGGCUACCGUUUCACACCGGUCCUCUCCCUGGAGAAAGGCUUCUACGAGGUCGACUACAACAACUUCCACGACAUCUACGAGACCAACACCCCGACGUGCAGCGCCAAGGAGCUAGCUGCCAAGCUCCGGGAGGGGCCGCUAUUGCCGCAGCUCUCGCUCCUCAGCCCCGAGCCCAAAAUGCAUACUUUUGAUCCCCUAGACCACCUGUCCCAACUGGACCCACUGAGUCCAGACGAGGACAGGGAGGAGAGAGAUUUCGGGGGUGACAGAGGAGAAACCAACGGCUCAGCUGCUGCUUUAGAGGAGCCGCCCCUCGUUGAUGGACUGCCUGACUGACCUGACUGACGGCUGCAUCAGCUCAAACCCCAGGAGAGGACAGGACUAUAUAACGCUUCAUUUAGCCCAAUGGCCAGCUUGUUCCAUUGCAACGCCUGGAGACAAAAAACAUCGGACUCCAGCACCCCCGACUCAUGCAAUACUCCUCUCUCCUAGAGUGUCAAUCUAUAGCAUAGAUUGGUUUUGUAGACACGUAACAACACGUAUACAGGCACACACGUACAACAAUAUCUAUAUAAGGUCGGUGGUUCAGAUUGUCUUUUUUAUAAUCGCAAUGACCACUUACUGCUAUAACAGCUCGAGUUGUAUAAUGUAAAUUUGAGUUGAAACUGGUAGCCAUAAAACAGAGUACCGCGGGCUUAUUCUGGAUACUCUAAUACUCUCAUUUUAGAUUGUGUUGAUUCACCCACAGUCUCAAAAUUCAGCUUUAUGUGUCUGACUGCAGCUCUGCGUGGUAAUGGAACCUUGUUAUUGAUCUUCUUCUCUUUUUUUUUUUUUUUAAAUGUGGGGGCUCGUUAUUAUACUUUUCUCUUUUCAGUGUUAUUAUUCCAUGUCAGUUUGCAUUUAGUUUGCAUUGACAAAAGUCAUGGGCUCAAACUGCUCUGUACAAGGUGAUGUGCACUGAAGACGACGGAUCAAAGUGAGUUUUUUAUUUGUUCAAGCCUUCCUAAAUGCUCGUUUUUUUAUGCCUUCAUCGUUCGAGUCUGGUUGUCUCCCCAAAAAUACUCGGAGCCGUGGCCCAAAAGAAACCAGUUAGUACCUCAUUUUAUACUCAUUUUUCAAGGUUGAAAUUUACAAUUAGAACUACACAAAGGGUUGUUUUGCAACUGCCUCAGUAAUGUCUUUGUCAGUUGAAGAGUGAAUUCCCUUUUCCAUCUCAGCAGCUGAAACAUUAAUUCCAAGCCCUGUUCUUGGUCUGUAAAGCACAAUCUCCCGAGAGGUGUCUCCACGCUGACCUUACCACCCACCCUAUAGCCCACUGCUACUGACUGAUGCAUGUCAGUCCUAGUUAAAAGGGACAUUCAAAAUGUAGAUUCAAAUAUUUAUAUGAAAUAUUUAUGCUUAACUGCUCUUUGAAAAGAUGUUCCCGAUUUUUUUUUAUAUACCACGCACAUGAAUAUUUCAAAUGCUCCACAAGCCAAAUGAAAUAUGUAUCAUUUUAUAUCUGUUUAUGUUUUGUUUUUCAAUAAUUGCAAAAAAAGGUGAUCAACCUUGACAUGUUUCAGCCGCAUUAGCAUUUUGAAUCUACAGGAUGAUAAACGCAGGAUUUUUCUGUCUUAUCGCUCAGCAAUGUGUGUUUGCUUUGUAAUCAUUUGCUCUGAACUUCAUGUUGAUCUUUCCCGCCUUAUCAUUUUUGAAAUCUCUCUUAGUACACACAAACAUCAACAUGCACUUUGGCCCGGUUCCACUUCUUGCCCCGGGGGUCUUGUCCUUGGAACACAUUUUGGCCCUUUGUUGUCACUCUUUUAGAAGUGGACAACGUUUCUAGGAACUGACAAAACCUACAUUUAUUUAAGAAAAAACUUUACUUUGAAUUACAUGCAUGAAUCAUCCCCCGUCUCAUUGCUGAGUAGGUUUAUUACAGUAAGAAAUACAGGGUAUUUUUUAGGCAUGCAAAUUAUGAGAUUUAUACUAUAUAUUAUCAAAUAAUGUAUUAAUAUUCAAUUAUCUUUCGUUUGAAAAAAUGAAUGACCUAAUACUUUGAAAUAUCCCAUUCCCACUUUAUUUUACAGAUGCUUGUCCAAUCGAUGUGUUUUUUCUUUUCACUGUGACAUUCUCACAUCUUCUGUACUCCAUUUACUUAAUGAUGCGUUUGUCUUUAGAGAGAGAUCAUCUUUCAUUGCUGUUCUGUGUGUUCUCAUGGGAAUAAACAUAAUAUGGCCGAAAGAGGACAUUUUUUCUUGUAAAGACGACGUGUGCAUAAAAAGGAUUCAGUGUUUGUGUUUCAUUAGUUUUAUACAUAGCAAUUUAACCUUUGGCUAGCUGUUCAACUAAGAAGCAAUGUCUUACACAUCUGAAAGGUGGAUUAGCUGUGUAUUGAAUCAUGAAAGGGAAAACUUAAGCAACCUCUAAUUAUCAGCUCACCACAAUCUUGUCUUGCUCCGAGGCUCGAGGCAAAAAACCUGCUUCAUGCAUGGUGGGGAAACAAAUAGGAAGGAUAACAUCAAGAACCUUGUCCCCCCCCCCCCCCCCCCCCCCCCCCCCCCUUCUGUUUCUCAGUUGGAUAUAAUCGAUUAAAACUGCACCAAUGGAACAUCUAGAUAAACGUCUCUGUGGUACCCAAAACCUCCUUGUACUCAACUGUAGAAGUGUCCAAAGCCCAUAAAGGACAAUAAGCAGUGGUUUCUGGUGGAUAAACAUGAUAGUGGUUGGAGUCUUCAAGACUUAAACAGCAUCCCUGAAAAGAAACUGCAAUUACACAGACCCUUGCACAAACACACAGGAAGACACAAUCACCCGAAACAGCUGCCAGACUGAAUAAGGCCCCCACAGCUUUUUAACUAGCUGACAGAGAAAACAGUGCAAAAAGUCACAAGGGUAAUCGCUUUAUCUCCGCGUCUACAGAGCACAACCAGUCAGUAAAACAUGAAACCUGAUUCAGAAGAUUUUUGUGGCCAGUGUGUCAGAGAAUCACUGAAUCACAGCAAUAUGCUGUCAAGGCUAUUCUCGUCCGAGCUAUUAAAUUUUGGAGGCCGGAUCGUCAGCAAGCUGACAGCCCCUGAUUCAAAUCUGAAUAAUGUACGAUGAUGAAUAUAAUGCAUCCAUUGAAUGGCGCAUUGAAAUAGGUACGAGGCAGGUGCAUGUGGGUGAGCGUGUGUGUGUGUGUGUGUGUGUGUGAGGGAGAGAAAGAGGGAGACAGAAAGAGAGAGAGAAAUGAUCAGUCAUCACAACCGUAAGCCAAAAGCACACAGUUACUCCCACAACUCCACAACAAAACAAAGAGUUAUCCAUUAAAGCUUUAACCGAGUUAGAUGGGCCCCGUUUGGCAAUGAGGAUAUUAUGAAGGCAAAUUAAAAAAAAAUUAAAAACGCAAAAAUUAAAUUGCUAAAGCUGAUGAAUGGCACCACACCAACAAAAUAACUAGCUAUUGUUCUUUCUGUUCCACGGCUAUAGCUAAUACCCUUCCUUCCCCUUUAAAUAAUUCAUGCAUGUGACGAGGAAGGAAGCACAUAGGCCAUUAACAACUGUGUAGUCAGAAUCAAACAUCCUGCCCAAGAAAGAGGAUUAAAGUAGCAGGGGAAAAAAGGCAAGAGGGAGGAAUAUUACUGGUACAACACACCAGUAUAAGCACUGUCCGUGUUCUUCUUCUUUUCUCUUUGAAUCCCACUUAUUUUACUCUUCAAAACAAGCUGACCCCAUCAAACAACGCCCACACAGGCGAAAGUCAGACUCAGACAUCGUUUAGAACUCUUCAGAAUCUUUGUUGAAUUUCCUAGAUACAUUUGUUUCUCACCAUUUGUCCCCGUCAGGAGCAACAUGCAAAGACAAGCAACACAUGAAACCCUAUUGUCCCCUGUUAGGCAACCAUGUUCCCCCUGCUGUAAUUAUCUCUUAUUAGCCAUUCAACAAUCCUAUUACAUGCUCCUGUCAUGGUUCCCUUGUCCUCUUCCCCUUAAAGCUCCCACAGGAGAAGGGGGAGGCUUUUUUUAUGUCAUUUGUUUCUUCUUUUUUUUUUAAAGCAUGUCAUUUUACUCUUCUUGAGCACUUAAACCUUAUGGUGUGUAGGUUCAAGCCUCUUUUUGCACAUUGCAUCUUCAUGUGCAGCUCCAUGUCUUCGUCCCACUUGAGUUUCAAAAAGCUGUAAGUCUCCAGAAUCCGGCAAUGAGGAUGUUACAAAAAACCUUAUGUAAUACAGCUUCACAGAGAAGCAAGGGAACCAAUCACAAGAGGCUCUGAGCUGACGUAUUUCAGUCUGCUGUUUGUUCAUGGUGAAAAAUGUGUCUGAAGAGAUUUGUUAAACGUUGAUUCAGGGCAAAUAAUGUGAUCAGAAAUGUCUGAAAUUUUAAACAAUUUACCACAUAGGUUCUACUCAUCC